GUCAGGGAAGAACAAGGAAAAGAGCAGGAGUAAUGACACACUUGUUGAGGUAUGAUUCACACCCACUUGAUUUUGAUUUAAAACCCUAUAUCUUUGUAUAUUUAGACGCGCACACACAUAAAUUCGUAUUGUUGGUGACAAAUUUUGAGAGAUCGAAUUUCUUGGAUAGGGUUUUUUUUUUCUUCAUGCAAUUAUGUGUGCUGUUCAAUUGAUUGUUUCGGGACAUUCUUAGAUGUAAAAGAUCCAAAAAAGACUUGCUUGAAUUGUUUCAUACAUUGAUAACUAGGGUUAGUUUUGAAAAGGGUCACAGCAUUAUUGGUUUUGGUGUUUCUCUUUCCUUGUGUAGGCUAUAAUAAUAACUGUGAUGGCUAACAAACGGAGACAUGAGGGAGAAAUAGAAAGGUCAUGGUCUGAUCUCCCUAUAGAUGUGUCAAAUGAAAUCACAGGGCGACUUUACCUCUUUGACCGAAUUCGUUUUCGUGGUGUCUGCAAGAAGUGGCGACUUGCAGAUUGUGUCCAACCUGCACAAAAAUUACCCUGGCUGAUGACUCAUAGUUGGGGGUGGGACAGCAGUGGCAAUAUCUUGAGUGAAUGUAAAUUCCAUUGUCCUCCCCCUGACCGACCUUUCACCAAAGAGCAUAAAAUGGAGGUAGAGAACUGGGACGAUUUAUUUGGUGCUUCAGUUUGUGCAUCAAAAUUUGGUUGGUUGCUUUUACAGAGAUCCGAAAAAGUGUUCUGUUAUAAUCCAUAUGCGGAGGAGAUUCUCAAUCUUCCUGAUAUAGAUAUCAGCUUCAAUAGAUCUACAUUCUCCUCAAUUCCAACUUUGCCAGAUUGUGUUUUCUUUGUCUUGUAUAGUUCGAAGGGUUGCGAUAGAAUCCGUAUUAGCAUUUGCCAUCAUGGUGAUCUACAAUGGACAACAGAUACUUAUGAUGGGCUUUCACUGGCAAUAGAAGAUGUGGUUUACAGCUAUGGAACUUUUUAUUGUGUUUUUAGCGGUGGAGUGUUGGGGGCAUACUCUGUUUCUUUUCAAGAGUGGAAAUUACUUACAGGUAUGGGGCCAAUCACAGGCAUAACAUUUCGAUCCAGGAUCCAAAUGGUCGAAUCUGAUGGGGACCUUUUGUUGGUAUGUCCCUCUGAGAGCUUUCAUAUUUUCAGGUUUGAUUGGUCACUGAUGGCUUGGGUCAAGCAAAAUAGCUUAGGGAACAAAGCAUUACUGCUUGGUUGUACUUCGUAUUCAGUUUCAGCAGUGAAAGAAACAUCGGCUUUAGCAGACAGGAUCUAUUAUCAUGGUGACAAGACCACUUGGUUCUAUUCCCUCGAGACCCAUAAACAUCACAAAUGUUCUGAAUUCUAUCCUUGGGUGACUCAGCGAGCGACAGAAAAAAUCUGGAUUGAACCACCUCAGGUUUAGAUCUUUUCAUUGUAGUGGGUAUGCUUGCUGGUCUAGUAGUAUUGAGUAAAUGUGAAUUUACAGAGAAGAUAUGACCAUUCAACCAUUGUGUGCCUGCAUGGGUAACUUGUUGUUUUGUACUAUUAAGAUUUUUCCUUAACUGUUAUUUUCUUAUCUAUCUACUGAUUUGGCAUUUUACAAUAUAAG